ACUGAGCUACGCUUUCUGCACUUAAAACGAUAGGGGUCUAAUUAGCAUUAAAGAAAAAGAGAAAAAGGACGAAAAAAUUCAAUGGAAUCUGUGAAUUAGCUCAAUUACCUAAUCUAACCUAUUUUUUUAAAUAUAACCUGACUGACGAGACGCGCGAAAGGAUAGCGUGAAUGCAGUGCAAAUUUCUCUGACGAACAUUUAUCUUUCCUCUUUUUUUUUGGCGGACAGAGAUUUAAAAAUAAAAUCUCCACAUAUUCUGCUUCCAGUUUAUUACAUUUUAAAAUGUUCUCCAGAGACAGAAAAGGCGAGAUGGAGAUUGAUGUGAUGUUGGACGAACCAUGGACCAGUGAUUCGUGCACAAAAGUCGUGAUGGAGCUCAUAAAAUAUAUUCUGUAUCAAAAGCAGCAGAUACCCUUAACAUACGAGGCGUUAGAGAGGUUCCAGAAUACAACAGAUAGGAACGCAGUCUCCUUCAAAGCUCUAUCGAGCACCCUGAAGAACGUUGAGGAUCAUUUGUCCUCGCAAUUCUUCCUCAAGGGUUGCGAUAUAAAAGAAGUUGCCCUAAUACUUGGCGCUACGAUACUAUCACCGAAAUUCUACAUUGGCAUAGACCUUCCCUCGUAUGUUCUCAACAGCAAGCAACACAAAGAGUAUCAACAUUCUUCUAGGAAACCGCUUUUGAAACUUAUGAGGUCUAUGUUUGAAUGUGACGAGUUUCAGAAGGCUAUGAAUGCUCCUUUAAACAUGACAAACAUGUUUAUUAUGCUGAAGAAGAGCGACAGUAAUUCGGUAUCUGAUUUCUUUUUACCUAAACCGCAAUAUGUGCCAUCUGUACAAACAGCAGGUUGCUUCAAGAUUAAACUAUGUCAGAGUGAUCAAGUAGAGAUACGGUGCAACUGUAGGACACUUAUUAAAGUGUAUCAUGACUCGUGUAUGACUUACUUAGAGAACGAAGAUGAUGUGCAAUAUACUCAGUAUAAUAAUUCUACUCAGUCUUCCUAUCAAUGGUAUCAAUCAAAACAGGUCAUAAAAGGAUUUAAAUUCUAUUUGUGACCAUAACUUUGUAGCAUGACGUAGCAGAAUUCA